UCUGUAUGCAGUUUGAUUAAAACCAGACAAAGUGCUGUGUUUUUAGCACCGCAGCUGGUUUGGGUUUUGUGCAAAUAAAUAAAUAAAUAAAUAAAUAAAUAAAAUGAAUGAGUGAAUGAAUGAAUGAAUGAAUGAAUGAAUGAAUGACUGUUACUUAACGUGUCAUUAUCUAAAACUGUGCUGCGUUCUUUUCAUACAUUGAAAUGUCAUUAAAAAUAGUAUUUCACCACAUUCAGUCUACUAAAUACAAUUGCAACUAUUUUGGGAAAAUAAUAAAUAAAAACUUCUGCAGCAUUGUUUCCUGAGUGACAGUUCCUGUGCGCGCGAGCCCGGUUGCCUAGGCGACAUAACGCUUUCUCUGUAACAGAAGUGGCUGUGAAUUUUUUGAACUCGAGCUUUUUCAGACGGCUCGCGCUUUCACAGAACGGUGCGGGGGGGAAAUAAACGCAUAGAAAGUCUGGAAAGUUUUAUUACAUCCUUAAUAAGUGAGAAUUUAGCUAUCUACAGCCAGGAACGGAGUAGGAAAACAUUCUGGGGACAAGAUGGAAACUGGUACCUCCAACACCUCAGUGGACCAGAUGAGCAGCAGCAGUGAUGAAGACUGCCAGUCUUCUGAUGAACAGGAAAUGCACAAUGGGAAUAAUGUUGAUGACAGUGCUGUCCAUAUUUCUGAAAGCAAAGAGACAGAGACUGAGGCAGCUGGACCAUGCCCACAUAUUAUCCACAGCCACCUGCAGUGCAGUGCUGAUUCCAGCUACACAGUCACCUGCAUGGUUAGCAUGGUGCUGGCUGUGCCAAGAGGUUAUGAAGAUGACCCAGUUACUGCUACAGAGGAUGAGAAACAACUCAGGAAAGUCCAGUCUAAAUGUAAUAUAGAGGCACCAAAAGCUCAGGCCUAUUACCACAUAGAGUACAAUCUUCUUCCUGAUGACAGCAAACCAAUCAAAGUAGACCUGGUGAUGUUUGGUUUAGUGGCAAAGGUGUAUAUGGAAAACGAGACAAAGGUGCUGAAGCCAUGGCAGGAAGGUGAUCUACUUUGGCUCGGCUGGUCUCAGUCUGUGAAGCUCAAUGUGACCAGAGAGCUGCUUAUAAAGAUGUCAUCACAUAAAGUAACCUUCAGACUAUGGGACACCAAGAACAGAGUGUCCAAUAAAGCAAAAUACGACAGACCCAAGGCCUUCAGAUUGCCACAGGGAAGGAGGGUUGAGGAUCCAGAGCAAAGAGGAGCUAGCCUGGACUGUGAACCAGAAAGUGCAGGUGGCAUAAAGGGUAUGGUCUAUAAGUUGCGAGCUCUUUAUGAGAAGCAGAACCCAACAAGUUCUUCCAAAAAGUGCCAAAAAGAUGCCCUAUCAUCGGACUAUAAACGAACUUCAAAGCUCAAGUGUAACACAGAUGAUCCCAGUUUACCCACUAUGGAGGCAAGUGAGAAACCUCUGUUGUCUGCGGUUCUAAAUACUGCUGGAUCGCUUUCCAAACAAAGUUAUGGAGGAAAGCAGAAUGCCCAAACGUCUCAGCCAAAAAUCAUCACUUCUGAAGCUACUACGGAUCAAGAAAAGGACACGGCGUUGUCAACGUUAGCAAGGAAACCCUCAUUAGAUCACUGUGCGAAGGGCCCCAAGAACACCACAACAAUCUCUUCUACAAGGAGUGACACACUGAAGGACAGCAGCUUGGUGGUGUCCAAGAAGAAACAUGCUCAUACAUCUGUUCAGGAGAGAAGAGCAGAGGAGGACAUACGUAAAAACGGAGUGGCUUCAGCUGAGCUCAGGGCCGUGCACUUUCUUGCAGGAGAGAGAGCGCUGGCAGACUGUUUGACGAUCCACUGUAGAAGAGUCUUUAAAGUUUUGUGCAGCAUCACUCUGGAUCAGCCACUUAUGUCUGAAGAACUCAAGGCUGAGCUGAACCCACUGAUCAUCACAAUCUCAUCAGCGUCUUCUCUGCCAUCUACUCCUGUUCCAUUCCAUGAGCUUGAGCAAAAAUGCAUACCUGUUUACUGCCAGUACAAGUUCCACAACAUGCCUGCCCACAGGACAAAAGGGCUGAGUCAUGAAUCAAACAUAUAUUUCAAAGAUGUGAAUGUGAUCCUCACUGGCCUCCUCAGCACUGAAGAGCUGCUUGAGUUCCUUAGGGGUCCACCGUUAGAGAUUGAGAUUCAUGACCGUGAUAGGAAAGUCGAAGAACCUUCUUCAAAUCCAGCAAUUUUUGGCACAGAGGCCACUGAUGACAAAUUAGCCAGCACAGCUCUAGUCCCUACCAAACAGACCAUCAACAGCCCAUUUAAGGAAAUGAAGAAACUCUGUGACCCAUUUGGUAUUGCCAAGCUGAACCUUUCUGAUCUUCUCAGAGGACACAGGUGUCUGAAACUCAGCCUACCUAUAAUAGGUUCCCAUCCAGUGCACAGGCUUGGUGCUGACAAGAAUGAAUGUUGGGAAAAUGAGCUUGAGGCAACAGGCGCUCUGGAUGCCCAGGACAACACUAUGCCAAAUGGUCAUUAUCUUCAAGCGAACUCAGAGCUCAAGGUGCAGGUUGAAAUAGCACACCCGUUCAAUCCUGAAUCUGACAAAAGUGAAGGACAUUGUCCAUUUGGCCGCAUCGUAUACAUUUUCAAGUACAACAAUAUUACUUUUCUGGAACGACUGAAGUCUGAAAUUUUACGAAUCAAUGCAGUGGCAUUUCAAGUACACAGCUAUAAUGAAGAAGUGACUCGAGGAAUCUUACAAGGUCAUAUAAUGGAUGCCAUAGAAAAAGAAAACAAAUAUUUGAAUGCUUUAACAGGGUUUCACUUCCUGGAUAAGGCUCUACACCUUUUUCUCCUGGAAGGGCUGAAGGAUGAAGCCAUCAAAAAGCUCUGGGAAACAGUGCCUAUAAAGUUGAUGGAGGAUAUAGAGAAGCAUGUCACAGUUCUUUAUAACUCAGGUCUGAGCUUCUCCAAGAGGCUCUAUGACACUCUGGAUGUUGGGUUGAGUCCAAUUCAUCUCCACAAACCACUAGAGACCAUUAUGAGACAACCACUGCUAUAUAUCAGAGACACAGUCCCCUACACCUGCCUACAAGCCAUGUUACGAAUAAAUCACCUCUGCCAAGUGAGUAAACUUGAAGAUGUGGUCCAAAACAACCUGUUCCCAUCAGCUGAAAUGGUUCUCAACUUGAGGAAAGAGUUUGGAAUUAUACCAAAUAGCAGAGGAGUGGAGAGAAUAAUGGCAGACAGCAGUGACACAAAGGUUAUUUCGCAUCCUGAUGUAUCACAGAGGACAUAUAUACCCCUCGACAACUACAAUAAAAACUAUCUGGCAUGGAAACAAAGUCAGACAAAUGAAGGGCUAUGCAGGAAAAAUUUUAUACCGGCCAACAUUGAGGACAUCCGAAAAGCGACGAGUGCUUUACAGACACUAAAGCCAAAAGUGUUUGUAGCUAAAGCUGAUGAUGGUCAGUCUGCCCACAACUACAGUAUUCAGACAAUGAACAGUACCAGUCUGGCUAAAGGGCUACUGUAUAAAGAGAUGGCAAAGGAGCCAGCUCGCAGGUUCACCUACAGCCAGCAUUACCACUCCUUCACACUGGACCCUGUGGAUGUAGAGGCUGAGCAUAAGGCUUCAGAGGCCAGGUCUCGAGCUGCGUGGCGUACCUGCAAUGGCUUCAUCCUUUAUAAUUUCAAGGACAGCAUGGAAUCCAACAAACACCCAGAAGAGGCUCGGGUGGAGGAGCUUAGAAAGCCCUGGAAAGAGAACAUUCUUCAUGAGAACAUACUUAAGCCAGUCCUGAACAGGACCAGAUGGCCUUGGAACAAACGGCACGAGGACUUCGAGCUUUACCGGAGACCACCUGCUGUUUUUAGUCCAGUACCCCCAGUUACUAUUCACCUUGCAGGAGAAGCUCUGCAUCAGGAAAAGCUUCAAGCUGCACAUGCUCAGUAUGUCAGAUGGCUGAGAAAAAUCUUGCCUGAUAAAGAGUCUGCAAGUUGUGGUCGAGUCCCAGAGUUCAAGUGCCAUAUGAGAAGAGCAGGGCUGGAUAAACUGAAUGAUAUACUGAAGGACAAGCCUAUGAAGCUAUCUCUGAGAGCAUGGAAAGAAUCACUGCCCAUGCCAUAUACUAACACAAAGCAGGAAGAUAAACUGGAUUCGUCAGACACACAGACAUAUCCAAGACCUGCUAGUGAACACAGCAAGUGCCAGUUUGGGCGUUACUGGAGGCCACACUCCUUUCAACACAAGCGAACUGCCCUGCCUCUUAGAGAUGAAGAAAAAAGUUUGCAUGUCUUUCAAACACCUCAGAACACCGCCAACACGAACACAGAUUUAAACACCCAACACAAGCAAAAUGUCAUAGAAAUGAGGACCUAUAACAGUGUUGCUGUUCUCAUCAAGUAA